CAGCGCUCUCACCGUACGGCCCGCCCGCACUGAUCCUUUCUCGCUGGUGGCUCCAAAGCAUUUACGGCGGCAGUCGCAUCCCCUCCGUAUCUCCGUCCAUAUCGCACUCGUAAACAUCCAACCUCCUCUCACAUCUUUCUUCGCCCCUCCGUCCUCCAUCUUGCUUUCUCCCUCGUCUCUGACUCCCAUCAACAGUCGUACCCCCGAGCGUACCGUCUAGCCUUGCUCGGCACCAUCUUUCGACGCCCCAGCACCCCGUCCCCCACCGAGUGCACCCCUUCUUCCUCUUUUUAACUCCAUCUCCACCUGUCCACAUCUCUCUCGCACAAAACCUUCUUGGCCUACGUCGGCACCAUGAGCGACGCUCUACCAGAGGACACCUGGAGCAAGGAGUUCCAAACUGCCAACGCUAGGCCCCUCCUCAACUCGCUCCAGAAGCGUCUUCAAGCAUCCACCACCCAUGUCCAUGCUCUCGCCGAGUUGUAUCGCGAGCGCGCUCUGAUCGAGCAGGACUACGCCACAAAACUCAGCAAAUUGGCGCGAUCCGCCGAGCAAGGUCAGCUCCUCGGCAAGGGCGGCACGCAGUGGGACCAGCAUGGCGGCGAGGCCAAGUUGUGGGAUGCUGUUCUUGGAGACAUCCAGGAGACGGCAUCGUCGCACUCGACGCUCGCAGCCACGCUCAAGUCCGACUUUGAAGGCCCGGUCCGCGACCUCCCAAACAAGAUCUUGCCGUGGCGCAGUAUUCAUGACAAGGAGGCCAAUAUCGACCGCCUGCUCAAAGACAACGAGAAGGUUAACGCUAAGCUUCAAAAGGCGCUCAGCAAGAACUCGAACAAGGUCGGCGACCUCGAAGCGGAUCUCAGCACCUCAACCCAUCAGAUUUCAAUGCAAAUGCCGGUCCUGUUCUGCGCGUACCAGCGCCUGGACGAGGAACGUCUCCGCGGGCUCAAAGAGGUUGUUGUGCGCUGGGCGACAGCUCGCGGCGACAUGGCUGCGCGGGACGGCCAGCGUGCAGAGCAGACUGCCGCGCAGCUCCUGAGCUGGGAGCCACAGGACGAGGUCGUGGCCAUCGGGGUGCGACUGGGCUCCCAAGCGGGGGGCCGCGGGUCCUCGCGCCCCCGAGAGACUUCUGUGCCUCCAGAGGCAGAGACACCUCGCGUCUCAAUGCAGACAACUGGCACGGGCGCCUCUGACUUCACCCCGCGUAUGCAAAGAGCCAACGGCUCGACGUCUAAUGUCUCGUCCCAUGGGGCGAGCCAUGAACAGUCUCAGACCAAGGGGGGCACGUUCGGUGGUCUGAAGUCCAUGUUGUCCAGAAAGGCCACUGUCGCUGGGCGUCAGCGCAGUGGCAGUGAGGCGACCUCGGUACGCAGCACUCGUCGACCUACUGGGGACGGCUUUGAGCCUGUUGGAGAUGGCCACAGUGAGCGGAAUCUCUCCACGCCCGUGCGCGAGAAGCCCGAACCCAUACCCGAGCGACCCGCAAGCAAGCGCGAGCCCAGUGGCACGAGAGUAUCGGCGCCACAAGUCGAUGCUGAGGGCUACACCAUCGCCCCCGCGGACCGGCAUAAGCCGCUGUGGGAUGAGCCAAAUGAGAGCAUCCCCUCCUCCUCGUCUCGUGGUAUGGCCGCGGGCGCAGCUGGUGCUGCCGGCGUCGCACUGCCGUCCGCCCUCUUUGCAAGCCAGCGAAGUUCCUCCCCGGGAAUGAUGCAGGACAACCAGAGUACCAGCUCAUCGUCGAUCGGCGAAACCCCCCGCCUUAACCUCGCCAUGGCACCCGCUCCAAUCAAGGAAAGCGAGGACGAGCGUCAAGCAGCUCUUGCCAAGAUGCAGCAGACACUCAGCCUGCAGCCCCAGCCACCUGCCCGACGAUCGACCAUUGCCCGAGGCCGCCGCGAGGCUCGCCACACGAUGCAGGCAACGGCCGCGGACGCGAUGCCGCUUCCCCCAGCACAUAUGGCUGCGCUCGCUCGUAUGGGCGAGGAAGAGCACCUUGCUGAUGACGGAUUCGCCCCUCGCGGUGACGUCUCAAGAAGACGCUCGGCCUCUGUUGUCUCCAGCUCGUCACGCAACCCCUUCGACUCUCCUGGUCUUGGAGCCCCAUCUCCAGGCCUCGAGGCGCCGUCUUCUACGCUGGAACGUGCUCCUUCCCCACAGGGUAGGAUGCAGCCCCCCGCUGUCGUGGGCGGAGCUGCCGUUGCUGGUCUGGCCGCCGGAGCUGGAGCGGCAGUCCUUGGUACACACUCGCAGUCCAAUGGUACAUCUGCGCUCCCCACUGCGAACGCCGCCGCCCCUUCGCCCCCUACCGCGCCACCUGUACCGCUCUCACCUACAGCCUCACUUGCAGGCGCAAGCCAGGCACCCACGAUGCCAGCUCGACCCUCUGUUUCCACCUCGUCCGCCAUUCCGGGCUUGAACGCCUCCAUCACAGAGACGGUACACGCCUUGAUUCGUCAGAACCAGGUCGUACAAACCAUGGUGAACGGUGAGAUCCGCCUCUCGUUGGCUGCCACGCGUGAUCAGCCCCUCCCGCCACCCGGGUCUAAAAUCCACAUCCGUCUCACCGAGUUCGAGAACCUUGAGUCCAUCUCGCCCAACCCCGCCUUCCUCGCGCAGGUACCCGAUGCGCCGGGCGAGUACUACCUCAACACGGAUGCAGUGGCACACGCCACUGCCCAGGCAGAGGAUGGCAGCCCCCGUGGGCCCGUAUUAUUUCAGUACCAGGCGCUCGAGCGACCGGACAUCGCGCCGCUCACGAUCAAGCCUGCGUUCCAGGUUAAAGCGGGUGAGACGCGCAUGAUCCUGCACUAUCGUGUCACGCCCGGCGCUGGUCUCGCCGAUCUUAAUCUCGCCGUCACGUUCCCUCGCGAGCCAGAAGUAACGACCACCCAGUCAAAGCCUGUCAGCGGAACAUGGUCCGACUCGCCGGACGGAAAGGCUAUCACCUACCGCGUUCUGCCCGGAGAAGGAGUGGAUAACAAGAUUAUUGCGCGCUUUAUCACCAGCGGUGCCCUCGCCCCCGUUAAUGUCGACGCGCACUUUGCAUGCCCUGGCCGUGUCCUGUCUGGCAUCGGCCUGGAAACCGUCGAAGACGGUCAGUCCGCGCCCGGGUGGACGUUUGCUGGCGUUCACCGGGCCACGAUGUCGGGCAAGUACGGUGGAGAGCCAAGCGUCAACCCCUAAUUUUUGUGGAUAUCUAGAUUAUUUGGAGGUCUUUAUGCAGUUCUUGUCUGUGA